AUUCAACUUGAGGUCCUCUCAUAGUUAAGUCAUACACACAAUUCAAAAUGGCAUUCAAGCUGGUAGUCCUGGUUUGCGCUUUCGCCGCCGCCAAUGCGGGUUACGUUGCCCAGCCCGCCCCGGUCGCUUACGCUGCCGCUCCAGCAGCGCAUGUAGUGCACGCCGCCCCAGUGGCGUACGCCGCCGCACCCGUCGCUAAAGUAGUUGAGGACUACAACGCUCACCCCCAAUACAGCUUCGCUUACGACGUGCAGGACGGUCUCACCGGUGACUCCAAGAGCCAGCACGAGAGCCGCGACGGAGAUGUCGUACAGGGCUCUUACUCCGUGGUAGACCCUGACGGUACCAAGCGUACCGUGGACUACACUGCUGACCCCCACAAUGGAUUCAAUGCUGUCGUGCGCAAGGAAGCUCUCGGACACGUCGCCAAAGUGGUCGCCCCCGUUGUCGCCAAGGUAGCUGCCCCAGUCGCCUACCACGCCGCUCCCGUGGUCGCUAAAGUCGCCGCCCCUGUGGCCUACCACGCCGCUCCCGUGGCCUACCACGCCGCCCCUGUCGCGUACUCCGCCCCUGUUUACCACCACUGAAUGCCAUACCUAGUCAAACCCUGAACUGAAAAUUAAGGAUUAUUUAUUUCGUUAGACAUUAUGAUCAUGAGCAAAUAAAAUAUUUCUAAGAAGUU